UUGACUUCGGUGCGCAGACAGCUGUAAUAAAAAGUUGAAGAGCAGCUAUGCUUGCACUGAUGAUGCACGCGCUGUUUAUGCAAGCCUAGUUGUCUCGCUCCGCGCCCUCCUGACAGUGUGUUUGUGUUAUUCUGUUUGCAACCCCCUCCCACCCCCAGUCACACCUGCUUCGCAGACAGCUGAAGCUGGACGUAUUCCCUUGUCGCCGCGAACUCCAGUGUGCAUCAUCCUUGCUCUUACCUGCUCAUGCUCUUAUCAUCACUUAACAAGAAUAAAGGAUUCAGUUUAGCCACCUACAGGUGCUGCAGUUUCCAGGUGACUUCCUAUGUGUUAUCUUGGUCUUAACCAAAUAAUAUUUCAGUAUAGGGAAUUGCAACGUGAAAUUGUGAUUUUGCUGCGAUUCACUUCAGCCAGCUUUUCUCGUAGUCGCCUCCUGGUUCGUUUCCUGCUUUUAACUUGCAUUUUCCUUUUUCUGAAGCCGCUGCUCUACCUAUUCAACGGUUGUUAUGGCAUCAUUUAAAUCCUGCUCUUGCCGGUGAUGUAAUGCGACUCUGAAAGAUCCACAUCUACGGAAUCCAUAAACAUGGGGGCAUAUCAUUCCAACAAAACUCUUGCAUUUGAUGAAAAUGAGGAAGUUAGUUUUGACCACUUCCAAAUCUUGCGAGCCAUUGGUAAAGGAAGCUUUGGCAAGGUGUGUGUUGUACAGAAAAAAGAUACUAAAAAAAUGUACGCCAUGAAGUACAUGAACAAACAGAAAUGUGUGGAACGCAAUGAGGUGAAAAACGUAUUUAAAGAACUACAGAUAAUGCAAAGCCUAGAACACCCGUUUUUGGUAAACUUGUGGUAUUCAUUUCAAGAUGAAGAAGACAUGUUCAUGGUUGUCGAUCUUUUGCUGGGAGGAGACCUACGUUAUCAUAUUCAGCAAAAUGUUCGUUUUAAGGAGGAGACUGUGAAGCUGUACAUCUGUGAAGUGGCCCUUGCACUGGAUUACUUAAAGAGUAAGCGCAUCAUUCACAGGGAUAUAAAACCUGACAAUGUUUUACUCGAUGAACAAGGUCAUGCACACAUUACGGAUUUCAAUAUUGCCACUGUUGUAAAUAAAGAAAUGCAGGCUACAUCAGUUGCAGGCACAAAGCCGUAUAUGGCACCAGAAAUAUUUCAACCGAAAGAAGAAAGAACUGGCUACUCAUUUCCUGUUGACUGGUGGUCUCUAGGGAUAAUGGCAUAUGAGCUCCUUAGAGGCCAGAGACCAUAUCAUAUUCGUUCUUCCACGCCUGUUAAUGAAAUACUCGACAUGUUCAGUAAAGCUAACAUCAAAUAUCUCCCUACCUGGUCCAGUGAGAUGGUGUCACUCCUAAAGAAGCUGAUUGAAAAGAAUCUUGAUGAUCGUUGCUCAGAACUAAAAGACCUUCAGAAUGAUCCCUUCCUAGCAGACAUAAACUGGGAUGCAGUCCUAGAGAAAUCACUGCCACCUGGAUUUCUGCCUACUCAAGGAAGAUUGAACUGUGACCCAACCCUGGAGCUAGAAGAAAUGAUACUAGAAUCUAAACCACUUCAUAAGAAGAAGAAACGCUUAGCCAAAAAACUAAAAGAAAAUCAGAAAAACAAAUCUCCACAGAAUGGACUGCUUGAGGAACAUUUUGAGUCAAUCCAGAAGGAAUUCAUGGUUUUCAACAGAGAAAGACUACAGAAAGAACAGAAUGAAAAGCAGGAUAACACGAGCAUCAUACAAAGUAAAUGCUCUGAAGAUGAAGAUGGACAGAACAAUAAUAUACUGAGACCAGAUUAUGUAGCCUGACAAUUCAUUGUUAUAGCUUCAGCUAAAAUCUAUUGAUAAUAAUAAUAAUAAUAAUAAUAAUAAUAAUAAUAAUGUAGCAGCUUAACUCCACUUUGCACCUUGUAGCCAAAACACAGGUACUAGGGUAUAUUUUACUGAAAAUUAUGUUAAUAGCUAUUUUUAGUAAUACAGUUGUACAGUAGCUCAACCUGUCAAUAAUAAUAUACAUAUAUAUUUUGUGUCUUUAUUUGAUUAAAUUAAUACUAUACAAUUUAUAAAGUUCUAACGGAUAGCCAUGACAUACAGCGAAAUUCAGCUGACCAUAAUGUUUAAGCUACAGCUGAGGAAAUGUACUUUCGCAAACAUUUUGCUUACAACUUUCUUUUGGUUCAUGUAUAUAUUAGAAGAAACUUUGCUAGGCGCAGGACAUUUUUUAGUCUUUUUCAUUUUUUAUAAACUGCACGUGACAGUAUGCAGGCAUAUUCAUCUGCUGAGAAGGCUUCUGGUAUAGCUUUUACAAAUCAUAACUGAGUUUUUUCCUGUUGGAUUAAUAUUUAUUAACUUCCUUAAUGCCAGAUAGAUAGAUAUAUACUAUUUGUUUUUCAUUUCUUCUUACUGAAGCAGUUUGGCAUCUGAAAUAAUAUGGAAUGAUACUAAAAAGCUGUACUGGUAUGACAUUAUCAUGUUAACUUUAUUUAAAGGUUUUUAUCAAAAAUGUUCUCCCUCAUUCUUGUUUGAAUUCUUACCUUUUUAUUAUAAUUAUGUCUAGACCGAGUGAACACUGGAACUAUAAAGGGCUUGAAUGACUGAUUUUAGGGUGAUAACACUAUAACAUGACAAGCAAUUAAGUUCCAAAGCAGCCAUAAUUUGUAGCAUUGUUAUGUACAAAUAUUUGAAAUAGAAGUGAACGUUUGAUGGGAUUGUUCUCAGUCAGCAUGUGUUAAAUUGCCAUAUCAUUACUUUUAUUUGAAAUACAUAAAAAGAUUUUGUUGA